CGAGCUUUUGCUCAUUAUAUUUAUGCUCUUUUAAAAUGCACAAAUUUACCAUAGCUUUGUCACCUUGCAGAUGGGAUAUUAGCGAAAUUGAUCGGCUCCCUGAUUACAUGAAAAUCAGUUAUAAGGCUCUUUUAGACCUUCAUGAGGAUUAUGAAAAGGAAUUGUCUAGUGAUGGAAGAUCUCAUGUUGUCUACCAUGCAAAAGAAAGAGUCAAAGAACUAGUAAGGAAUUAUAAUAUCGAGGCAAAAUGGUUUAUUGAAGGAUAUAAGCCACAUUUUUCUGAAUACCUAAGCAAUGGACUUGCAACUAGCACCUAUUACUCGUGCCCUACAACAUGUUAUUUGGGCGUGAAGUCUAUUACCGAGCAGGAUUUUGAGUGGUUAGCAAAGAAUCCUAAGAUUUUUGAAGCUAGUGCGAUAUUAUGCCGAAUUAUUGAUGACAUAGCAACAUACGAGGUAGUAUCCCACACGGAUUAGAUCAUUAUAUGAUAUUUGACCAAACAAAGUAUUGCAACGAC